UGGCUGGUGCAGGGCGGGUCCGUAAGUCCAUAGACCCUGUAGAUGGUGAAGUGGGACGGUCUCUCCAUGGUCCCGGGGUGGGGACGCAGCCGAGUGUCCCUUGAAAUUGGGCAGGGCCUGCAGUCUGGCAUGCUGUGUCCCUGCCCCGUGGCUGUGAUGGAGGGGCGCCCCUGGCCGGAUCUGCUUUCCUUCCGUGGGAAAUGCGGGGACCAUUUGAAGCUGCCUGGAGUCGUGACAGCCCUACAACGACACCUUAGGUUUUGCCAGAGUGCAGGGCCUGGUGGCUGGCAGAUUCUCGGCAUCCCAGAAGCAUGGCCCUGCCCUGUGGAUCUGGCCUUCAGAACAGAGGAGGCCGGGUAACCAGGCAGGGGUCCAAGGAAGGGUGCCAGUGACACUGGCUACCCAGGUUGGAGGCAGGGGUUGUCUGGCCUGGUCACCCCACCCUCGCCAGCCUAUCCCCUCUGUGUCCCUGUCAUCUCCUGGGUAUGGAGGUGACCGCCCGAAAAUGGGGGCUGCUCUGCUCAGCAGACUUGUGUUGGGCUGCUUGGGAAGGACUCCUGGGCCGGGGUGCAGCUGUCCCCGGGAUCCCGAGAGACACUGAUGGUGAGGGCCCAUCAGCAAGCAGAGUGCGCAUUGCACAUAGACAGCAGACUUUCGUCCCUGGUCCAUGUGGCUUUGGGUGGGUGGAGAGGUCAGGGGGACUCAGGAAGGCCAUGUCCCCCACUUGCCUGGCAGGGACCCCAGGGGCUGGUUUCUUGGGCCCUGGAGAGCUCUCGGAGAUGUGGGUUUCCUCAUCUGAGCUGUGGACAGCCUGCUUUGGGGGUUCUGGGGACUGGGGAGGAGACACAGGUCGAGCACCCGCAUCGCAGUCCCUGACUCAGGAAAUGCCAGCUGCUGGCUGAGCCGCUUCCUGUCUCCGGGUCUUGGUUUCCUCUUCUGGGAAGUGGGGUGAAGAGGGUUACAUGCCCCGAUCCUGGACUCCACCUCAGUGUCCUCCCUGCUUGGAGCCUGCAGACCGGGAGGGGACUCGGAGCUGGGCCUCCGAGCCACCCCUCGGCACCUGUCCAUCCUCCAGGGCUCCCUGGCACCUGGCAACUGCCCCCGGAAGGGACCCCACGGUGACCGAAGAGCCCAGGGCAGCGAGGAGGAGGCUGGCGCUGUACGUGUACGAGUACUUGCUGCACGUGGGCGCCCAGAAGUCCGCCCAGACCUUCCUGUCCGAGAUCCGGUGGGAGAAGAACAUCACGCUCGGGGAGCCCCCGGGCUUCCUGCACUCCUGGUGGUGCGUGUUCUGGGACCUGUACUGCGCCGCGCCGGACCGCAGGGAGGCCUGCGAGCACACAGGCGAGGCCAAGGCCUUCCAGGACCACAGCGCUGCUGCCACCCCUAGCCCGGUGAUGGGGACCAUGACCCCAAGUGACGCGAUGUCCGCAGGCCCCAUGGCACCUGGCUUUUUCCAGCCUUUCAUGUCACCACGGUUCCCAGGGGGCCCCCGGCCCACACUGAGGAUGCCGAGUCAGCCUCCUGUGGGCCUCCCUGGCUCCCAGCCCCUGCUCCCCAGCACCAUGGACCCCUCCGCACGCAUGCAGGGGCCCCAGAGCAUAGGCGGCCCAAUGCAGAGGGUUACGCCGCCCCGGGGCAUGGCCGGUGUCGGGCCCCAGGGCUACGGAGGUGGCAUGCGGCCCCCGCCCAACGCCCUCGCCGGCCCGGGCCUGCCUACUAUGAACAUGGGUCCAGGAGUGCGGGGCCCUUGGGCCAGCCCCAGUGGCAACUCGAUUCCCUACUCCUCCUCGUCCCCGGUCAGCUACACGGUGAGUGGUGAGGUGGGUGCUGGGCAGGGCACAGGGUGCCGGCCCCUCCCUCAUUUCCCAUCUCUCCACCCACAGGGACCCCCAGGAGGCGGAGGGCCCCCCGGGACACCUAUCAUGCCCAGCCCCGGAGACUCCACCACGUCCAGCGAGAGCAUGUUCACCCUCAUGAACCCCCUCGGGCCAGGCGCCGGCAGGGCUAACUUCCCGCUCGGGCCAGGCGCCGAGGGCCCCAUGGCCGCCGUGAGCGCGAUGGAGCCGCACCCGGUGAACGGAUCCCUGGCAGGCUCAGGCGACAUGGACGGGUUGCCGAAGAGCUCCCCCGGCGCUGUGGCCGGCCUGAGCACCGCCCCGGGGACCCCACGGGACGACGGCGAGAUGGCGGCCGCCGGGACUUUCCUGCACCCGUUCCCGGGCGAAAGCGUAAGCGACUGCGUCGAGUCCCCCCCCGCGGCGGCGGCGUCGGGCCGGAGGGGCCUGGCGGGCAGACCCCGGCGGGGCGGCCGGGGGGCCAGAGCAAGACCGUGACCGCGGCGGGCCAGUACUCCCCAGGGAUGACCAUGAGCGUGUGAUGGGCGGGUGGGCGGCAGCCGCCCUGUCCCUCCCGGCCCGGGUCACACCUGUGGCACCUGGACACCUGGCCCACCAGGCGGGGACGGCCGGGAGCCCCGCACGAAGGACUUUUUUUUUAAAACGCGAGGACCUCAGAGACGCUCUUUCCCUGGCGGGCCUGGCCCACGAUCACUGAUCACCCCUGGGCCUCUCAAUAAACGGAACUCGUUUUGGUUUUUGGUA